AAUCGUGACUUAGGUUUUAAAAUUUUAAAUUCACAUAAAACCCUAGAACGCCCAAUAGCAGCCCGCUCGAUGAAACGACCAGGUGCCUUCCCAUCACUUUCAAACAAUUAUUUUUAAUAAAAAAAUACGCAUUCUAUUGUACAUGUUUUACCCGUAUUAAUAUGGCUUAACCUCGUUCAAAGCAUUAUUCCCUCGGACGUAAAAAAAUUCAUAUUAACCAGAGGGGAAUCGAACUCGUGCCAAAAAAAUUCAAAAGCAUUGUUUGGGUUUGUGCGAACAGACGAGAAAUGGCUCUCUGUAGAGCUCUGUCACGGAGCAAAUGCAUCUUUCAGCAGAAUGUAAGGCAUUUUGCUCCCACUUGGCCUACGCGUCUAAAUCACAACACUGCUAGUGAGGAGAUUUCUUCCUCGUCCAAUUCAGCCCGCCCGUUGGCAGAUAUUCUACAGAUUUUGAGCCGUAGAAUCCCCGAGGAAUAUAUAAGCACCAGAGUAGAUAAUGGUCAUUCCAUAAGAUACGUUCCAUGGCAUAUCGUAAAUCGGAUAAUGAAUUUACAGGCUGAAGAAUGGUCUGGAGAGGUUCGUGCAGUCACCUACUCAAAUGAUGGCAAAUCUGUUUCAGUAGUUUAUCGUGUGACAAUCUAUGGAGCUGAUGGUGAGGCACAUCGAGAAUCAAUUGGCACAGCUUCCAUGAAUGAGACAGAUCGUGGAGAUCCUGUACAAAAAGCUGAAUCAAUGGCAUUCCGUCGUGCAUGUGCUCGUUUUGGCCUUGGGCUUCAUCUUUAUCAUGAAGAGUUGAAUUAAUAUGCAGAGAGCUUUGGCUAUGGACAGCUUCAUAUUUUAUUUCCACAAUUUUUGCAGUUUUGAAUCAUGCUUUAUUUCCACUAUAAUAUUAUGAUAGAAUGAUAAAAUUAUGUAUUGUACAUAAUUAGCUUGCACUUUGUUAUGUCAUUAGGAGUAAAGAUACAGCUUGCAGAUGAUAAGCGCUCCAUUUUGAAACAAGUUGACCAGUCUUGCAAUGCUGCAUUGGAUUGGAUUUCAGCUAGUUUAUGGAUUUCAAGAAUGGCUCAAGUCGGAGCCAAAUGCUGUCUAUAUAUACCUGUCCAUGAAAAGAACACUAAACUUUGUUUGUUUAGAUCCUAAUUCUUAAAGUUCUAUGAAAUAAAAAUUUCAGAGGA